AUGAGUUAAGAUUCACAAAAUUUCUUUUAACAUAUGUAUUCAAAAGCUGGAAAAUCAAGCUAAUAAAUAUUUGCUCAUUUAUUAGGAAAAGCUAGCAAAGCUUAAUCUAUAUAUAAAGUAAGUGAUUUAUACACGAUAACACCUAAUUAAUCUCCUAAAAAAUCAAUAAAACAAUAACCAUUUAGUUUGGGUUUAUCAAGAGAAUAUUUACAUAAAUUAUAGAAUUAAGGAAAACCUAAUUUUGCUAUUGGAGUUUACAAUCCAAAAUAUUCAGUUAUAUAGAAGUAAAAUAUUGAUCAAUUAAGAAAGUCUGAUUUAGGUGGUAAAUUUGCAGUAGAACAUAAAAGUAUAAUAAAAUAAGGCAAUGAGUCUUCAAUUUCAAUUGAUUUAAGCAAAAAUUAAUUUAAAAGAACAAAAGGAUUUGUAGAUCUUAAGAGACAAUUAUCCAGAGAGUAAUCUAAUAGAUAAUAAAAUAUUUCUUAAAAUGCUACAUUAAACUAGUUUUUGUCUCUAAAUAGAAAUUCGAUUAGAGCGUAUAAUGCUAAUUAUAUCAUAAAUUUAGAAGACCUCGAAGUGCACAUUUUAAAGGUUCUGGACAUUCAUUAAAUAUUAAUAAAUACAGUUGUUUUUAAUCUUUUUAUGAUGCUGAUUAUGAAUUUGGAAAGAGAAAAGUAAGUUUUGCUGGAACAAGUUUUGAAAAGUAAACAAUUAGAAAAUCUAUAACGAAUAAAUCAAUUUGCUUAAGAGAACAAUCAAUAUAUCAAUAUGAUUAAUUUUCAAAUAAAAAUUCAAUUGUUUAUCCAAAUACAAAAAAUAUAAUGAUUGAUUUUAAGAAAAUAUUAGGUAGAACAUAUUAAAAUGAAAAAAGUAUACCUGGACAUAUGUCAAAAACAAAUAGAAGUAGAAUUAUGAUUGAUAAAUUUAAUUAAAAAAUCUUAGAACUUAAUUCAUCAGCUCAAUGA